AAAUGAGAGGCAUAGGUUACCAGAAAAUAGUAGAGAUUGGAACUUACUCCGAUGAGCUUCAGUGGUGCUGACGGAUGUCCGAGGAGACGCUCAGUGAGAAGUGCAGUCAGGACAGCUGCCUAAGUCGGGGCAACAAACAUGAAGAAAUCAAACAAAAUAAAAACAGACAAAAGGGUCACGGAGAAUGGAGAAAAGAAGGCAAAGGAAAAGGCUCUAAGUGUUGGAUACUUUCAACUGUUUCGCUUCGCCACUUGCAAAGACACCUUGAUGAUGUUGGUGGGGAGUCUGUGUGCCGUCAUACACGGCGCAGCCACGCCUCUCAUGCUUUUGGUGUACAGCAGGAUGACAAACACCUUUGUUGCUUAUGAGAUUGAGGUCCAGACACUUCAAAAUGAAAAUACGACGUGCAGCAACAACACAAUCUAUUGGAAGAACGGCUCCACGUAUGAAACAGCUGGAAACCACUCGGUGUUUUGUGGGGUGGAUAUUGAAGCACAGAUGACCAUGUUUGCAUACUACUACGUUGGGAUUGGAAUAGGAGUUUUGUUUGUUAGCUAUUUUCAAAUCGUCUUCUGGAUGUCAGCAGGUGCGAGACAGACCUAUCAAAUGAGAAAGACUUAUUUCAAAAAAAUAAUGCAAAUGGAGAUUGGAUGGUUCGACUGCAACUCCGUUGGUGAACUGAACACUCGGAUGUCGGACGAUAUCAGCAAGAUCAACAACGCCAUCGCCGAGCAGGUGUCUUUCUUCAUUGAGAGGAUGUCUACGUUCGUGUUCGGCUUCCUGGUGGGAUUUAUCGGCGGGUGGAAGCUGACUUUGGUGGUCAUCGCCGUGAGCCCGCUGAUUGGCAUAGCUGCUGGACUGAUGGCCAUGGCUGUGGCCAGGUUGACGGGACGAGAGCUGGCGUCCUAUGCGAAGGCAGGGGCCGUGGCGGACGAGGUCCUGUUGUCCAUGAGGACAGUAGCAGCCUUUGGUGGGGAGGAAAAAGAAGCUGAGAGAUAUGACAGAAACCUUGAGGAAGCCCAGAUCUGGGGCGUGAAGAAGGGAACAAUCAUAGGUGUUUUUCAAGGAUACCUGUGGUGCAUUAUUUUCUUUUGUUUCGCGUUGGCGUUUUGGUAUGGAUCUAAAUUGGUCAUAGACACCAAGGAGCUGUCUCCUGGUACCCUCAUUCAGGUGUUCUUUGGAAUACUCAUGGCAGCCAUUAACCUGGGCGAGGCCUCACCCUGCCUGGAGAUAUUCGCUUUUGGUCGUGCUGCUGCAAAAAACAUCUUUGACACGAUUGACCGGGAACCAGAAAUUGAUUGUUUCUCAGAGGACGGUCACAAAUUGGAGAGAGUAAAAGGUGACAUUGAGUUCCAUAAUGUCACUUUCCACUACCCAUCCCGGCCUGAAGUCAAGAUCUUAAAUGACCUGAGCAUGCAGAUCAAAGCAGGGGAAACCACUGCUUUUGUGGGACCGAGCGGAUCAGGAAAGAGCACCACCAUUCAGCUCAUCCAAAGGUUUUAUGACCCAAAGGAAGGAAUGGUGACUUUGGACGGACAUGACAUUCGUACUUUAAACCUCCAGUGGCUCCGGUCUCUCAUUGGCAUUGUAGAGCAGGAGCCAGCGCUCUUUGCUACGUCUAUAGCGGAUAACAUCCAGUUUGGUCGCCCUGGAGUCACCAUGGAAGACAUCAUCCAGGCAGCAAAAGAGGCAAAUGCCUAUAAUUUUAUCAUGGAACUGCCCCAGAAAUUUGAUACUCUGGUGGGAGAAGGUGGAGGACAGUUAAGUGGAGGGCAGAAGCAGAGGAUUGCUAUCGCCAGAGCUCUGAUCCGAAACCCCAGGAUCCUGCUGCUAGAUAUGGCCACAUCGGCGUUAGACAAUGAGAGUGAGGCUGUUGUCCAGAAGGCACUGGACAAGGUGUGCACAGGCAGGACGACAAUUUCUAUUGCCCAUCGUCUUUCCACAAUUAAAAAUGCAGAUGUCAUCAUUGGAUUUGAGCGUGGACAGGCUGUGGAGAAGGGAACACAAAGGGAGCUCAUAGAAAGGCAAGGUGUCUACUUCACUCUGGUCACCCUGCAGAAUCAAGGCCCAUCCAACACAGCUAAAGAUGCUCUUGAAGAUGACUUCAAGGCGAGCAGACGAACAUCCAGUGGCAGGGGAUCUGUUAGACUGCGAUCUCAGAGCAAAUUGUCCAAUGGAACAUCGUCAGACAGCAUCAUGAGGAUUUACGACAAGCAGCUCUCAACAGAAAAACAGACACGUGAGGACGAUGCAGAAGAACACGUGGAGCCCGCCCCGGUCUCACGUAUCCUCAAGUACAACCAGCCAGAGUGGCCCUACAUGCUGCUGGGCUCGCUGGGGGCGGCUUUCAACGGAUCUCUCAACCCCGUCUAUGCCGUCCUGUUCAGCCAAAUUCUUGGAACGUUUGGUAUUAGUGACUUGAACGAACAGAGGAAACAGAUCAACGGGAUUUGCAUUCUGUUUUGCAUUGUGGCCGUGAUUACUUUCUUCGCCCAGUUUUUACAGGGAUAUGCUUUUGCCAAGUCUGGUGAGCGGCUGACCCGCCGUCUGAGGAAAAAAGGCUUCCAGGCGAUGUUGAGGCAGGAGAUUGGGUGGUUUGAUGACCCCAUUAACAGCCCUGGAGCUCUGACCACGAGACUGGCCACCGAUGCAUCAAUGGUGCAGGGGGCAACAGGAACCCAGAUUGGAAUGAUCGUGAAUUCCUUGACCAGCAUCGGAGCGUCUUUCAUCAUCGCUUUUUACUUCAGUUGGAAGUUGACUUUUGUGAUUUUGUGUUUCCUGCCCCUCAUCGGGCUGUGUGGUGUGUUCCAAGCUAAAAUGCUGCUGGGUUUUGCAAACGAUGAUAAAAAAGCCAUGGAGGCAGCAGGUCGGGUAUCCAGUGAGUCUCUUGCCAACAUCAGGACGAUCGCAGGCUUGGCCAAAGAGGGCUCAUUUGUGGAAUCAUAUCAGCAGAAACUUGUUCUCCCAUAUAAAUCUGAGAGGAAGAGAGCAAACAUCUACGGGCUUUGUUUCAGUUUUUCCCAGUGCGUCAUCUUCAUGGCGUACGCUGCCUCGUUUAGAUACGGAGGCCAUUUGGUUAGUUCUGAGGGCCUGCAGUACAUGAUGGUUUUCAGAGUGAUCACAGCUGUAGUCACAAGUGGGAGAGCCCUAGGCAAAACGUCCUCCUUCACCCCAGACUACGCCAAAGCCAAAAUUGCUGCUGCUCGGCUUUUCAGGCUGUUGGACCGAAUUCCUAGAAUAAGCAUAAGCCACGCGGAUGGAGAAAAAUGGGACGACUUCAGAGGGGAAAUAGAGUUCCUCAAUUGCAACUUCACCUACCCGACCCGUCCAGAGGCCCGGGUGCUGAACGGCCUGGUUGUGUCGGUGAAGCCCGGUCAGACUUUGGCGUUUGUCGGGAGCAGCGGUUGUGGGAAGAGCACAAGUGUUCAACUCUUGGAAAGGUUCUACGACCCCACCGAAGGGGAAGUGUUGAUCGACGGUCGCCCGUCUCGUGAAGUCAACGUGCCAUUCCUACGAUCUCAGAUCGGCAUAGUGUCCCAGGAGCCGGUGUUGUUUGACUGCAGCAUAGCGGAGAAUAUUCAGUAUGGAGAUAACACACGCAGCGUGAGCAUGGACGCGGUUGUUGAGGCUGCUAAGAAAGCCCACCUUCAUGACUUUGUGAUGACCCUACCAGAGAAAUAUGAGACCCAGGUCGGUGCGCAGGGCUCCCAACUGUCCAGAGGCCAAAAACAACGCAUCGCCAUUGCCCGGGCCAUCGUCAGGAACCCCAAGAUCCUGCUACUUGAUGAAGCGACCUCUGCCCUGGACACAGAGAGCGAACAGAUUGUCCAGUCUGCUCUGGAUGAGGCGAGAAAAGGACGAACCUGCAUCACCAUCGCUCACCGGCUGUCUACGAUCCAGAAUGCCGACAUUAUAGCAGUGAUGUCCAAUGGAUCCGUAAUAGAGCAGGACACUCAUGGUAAUCUCAUGGCCAAGAGGGGGGCCUACUAUGAACUGGUUAAAACGGGGGCUCCUAUCAGCUAGACGCCUGCCGACAGAUGGGCUGUGAUGAGCUUAUGACGAAAUGCCCAAUAACAUCAUAUUUUACAUUUUUACCUCACCUUGUAAAUAGCAUUCAAAUAAAACUUUCCGUCUCGACAACCAAUGCAUACACUUCCUUUGCAGUCUAUGUAAAUAUUCUUAAUUCAUUACAUUGUGUUUUGCAUCGUCCAUCGAAAUUGCCUGUUGCAAAGAUUUGAAAAAACUAUUUUAACAUGCAAAACUUACGUCAAAGCCAACAGACUCCGGUGAUUAACAGCAAACACAUUUCAUUCAAUUUCAAAUUUUGACCUUCCACUGUUCCAACAACAAUCAGCAAUUUGUUCAAACUUGCCAGUUUGGUCUUGGUUUUGUGUUUCUUGCCCAGCGGGGAUUACAUCAUCUUCAUUACAUCAUUAACGUCAUCAUUUCUUCAAGCAACUUCUGACAUUAUUCAGCCAUAAAUAAUGUUGUAGAGCAGAGUCUCUGGUACAUCAGGCAGAGUAGUUAAACAUUGAUGCAAAUACGUAAAUGUGAAGGAUACUAGAAGUACUUUAUUUUGCCUUGGUACUGAGGACAAAAUGUCACAUGAACAAUUAGCAGUCCACCCAGUGGACCAGUAGCAGUAUGUUAAAGAUGUGUGAGUGUACGUUUUAUUAACUGCCCUGUUUUGGGAUUUGAUACUCCUUUGAUGUGCAACCCUUUUUUAGGCAUCUAAUCUUUUUUUAGUAUUUCUUGGACUGUUUCACUAUUCUACCUUUCUGCCCAGUGAAUUCAUUAAAAAAUAAUGUACCAAAAGCAGGUAGGUGCUACGUCUCUUUAUUUUAGAGAAUUUAACACAUUGACUAUUUAAAUACAGUCAAAUAUUAUAGUUCAAUCUCUACUAAUAAUAAAACACAUGACUACUAAUGA